GUCGAUGAAGCUGCAUUAAAGAAGAGACACGAACAAGGGUGGCUCAUGGAAUACUCAUCCGAUGUUGACCAAUGUGUGGAGAUGAUCAGGAAAGCGCGAGAGUCGAAGAAGCCUUGCAGCUUGGGAUAUCAUGGCAAUGUUGUCGACUUGUGGGAGCGUCUUGAACAAGAAUAUGAAAAGAGUGGCGAUCUUCUUGUGGAGCUGGGCUCGGAUCAAACAUCACUUCAUAAUCCCUUUAAUGGAGGUUACUACCCUGUUCAGGUAACCUUUGAGGAAGCUAAAAUAAUUAUGAAACGGGAACCAGAAAGAUUCAAAGCUCUCGUCCAAGAGAGCUUACGUCGACAAGUGGCAGCGAUUAAUAAACUCACUGAUGGUGGAAUGUUCUUUUGGGACUAUGGAAAUGCGUUCCUUUUAGAGGCAAGUCGUGCAGGAGCUGAUGUCAACAAAGAGAGUGCUCCACCGGGCGUUUUCCGUUACCCCUCUUAUGUACAAGAUAUUAUGGGGGAUAUAUUUUCUUUGGGAUUUGGGCCGUUCAGGUGGGUCUGCACGACAGGCCUGGCAGCUGAUUUAGCGACAACAGACGAGAUUGCCAAAAAAGUCUUCCGAGAAAUUAUUGCGGAAGGAUUGCCCGCUAAUGUCCAGGCGCAAUAUGAGGAUAAUUUGAAGUGGAUCGAGGAGGCUCAUCAACAUAAUCUGGUUGUUGGAUCUCAAGCACGGAUUUUAUACUCCGAUCAGCGAGGCCGCGUUGCUCUUGCAGAGGCAUUUAAUAUGGCAAUACGUGACGGGAUAUUGUCGGGUUGUGUUGUUAUCAGUCGGGACCACCAUGAUGUCAGUGGAACGGACAGUCCAUACCGAGAGACUUCAAAUGUCUACGAUGGAUCUAGUUUCUGUGCAGACAUGGCGGUUCAAAAUGUAAUCGGAGAUUCAUUCCGUGGAGCUACAUGGGUCGCUCUUCAUAACGGGGGAGGAGUGGGAUGGGGUGAGGUUAUCAAUGGAGGCUUCGGUCUUGUCUUAGACGGAUCAGAAGAGGCCAGUAAAAGAGCUCGUAUGAUGUUAUCAUGGGACGUCAGUAACGGAGUCGCUCGCCGCUGUUGGUCAGGGAAUCUUCACGCCAAACAAGCCAUC